AUGCUCGACAGCCGUCAAGUGUACAUGCGGACCAUAGGUGUUACAAUCACUCCCGAGUUCGACAACAUCUUUGAAAGCAACUCUCUUCAUGUUGUUCCCAAUAUUCGCACCAAUCUCAAAGCUGAGCGCGCUGCCGUUCGUCUGUCCAACACACGCACACAGCUUAGGGCUGCUAGCAUCGCAGCCUCUGAUUCAGAGGAUCCAGAAGAUAUGCGGAAGCGUAAGCAUUCAGGUCACUCACUGCGAGGCAACGCUCGCCAUGUGCGCACAAACACUGCUGGCUCCUCAGCUGUUCGCCCAUACUCGCCUGCAUUGAUCAUCAAACAUGAGCGCACGCUUCUGACACCACGUCGGUCAUUCUCAAUACCAAACUCGCCUCCACUGGCAAUAAAACAUGAACACGCUGUGGACGCUAAUUUGCAGGAUGUGAUUGAGCUAUUUUCCGAUUCUGGCUCCGAGGUCGACAUCAACAUCACUCCCCGUCAACAUGUGCCACAUCCAAGUCGACAUCGUUCACUGUCGUCAGACAGUAGCCACAGUGCAUUAUCGGACAGCGGCAGCCUGAGCGACCCCUCUACUGUAUCUGAGUGUUCAUCACUGUCUUCAGGUCACUCUCCUGAGGAUGCUGUUGAUGUUGAUGCCUUCGACAAUGUCAGGUGCUGGCCUACCAGCUUCUAUGCAUGUGAAAUCGCAGAUGGCUUCAAGAAAUACGACAAAUCCCGCAGAGUCGGACUGUGUUCUCAUGCUGCGUUCUCACUGGCAUUCGGAGGGGGUGUACACUUCCGUCCCUCGACCUUCUCAGAGCAUCGGAAACGAUGGGACCAAGCACCGGCAUCUUCAAGAACCAUGUUUAUACGAGCAGGCAAGAGUGAUGCAGGCUCAUAUUCAGCAUUCAUGAAGGCAAAUCCAUUGCCUGGUGCAGAUGUGAAGGCCGCCAAGAAGCGCCUUGGAAGACUGCGAGGGUGA